GCAGGAGGAGGCGGGACUUCCGCGUUUGUGGGCGGAUCUGGGUGGGUGUUGAUUUGUCAGGAAUAAAGCGAAGAUCAACAUUAUAACAUUGUGACUUUUGUUUCUGAAUAAACGGAUAGAUCGUUGAAAAUCUGCAGUCAUGCCUGGAAUUGAUAAAUUACCGAUAGAGGAAACUCUGGAGGACAGUCCGCAGACUCGCUCUCUGCUCGGGGUGUUUGAAGAAGAUACAGCAGCGAUGUCCAGCUAUUUCAGUCAGCUCUUCAAAGCCAUGCAGAGAAUCUAUGACGCCCAGAAUGAACUGAGUGCUGCCACACAUUUGACAUCUAAAUUACUGAAAGACUACGAGAAACAGCGUUUUCCUCUGGGGGGCGACGAUGAGGUCAUGAGCUCCACUUUGCAGCAGUUUGCCAAAGUCAUUGACGAGCUCAGCUCCUGUCACGCCGUUCUCUCCACUCAGCUCGCAGACGCCAUGAUGUUCCCCAUCACACAGUUUAAAGAGAGAGACUUGAGAGAAAUUCUCAUCCUGAAGGAAGUGUUUCAGAUUGCAAGUGAUGAUCACGAUGCAGCAAUAAACAGAUACAGUCGUCUGUCUAAGCGAAAGGAAAAUGAGAAGGUGAAGAAUGAAGUGAUGGAGGACGUGUACACGUCCAGGAAAAAACAGCACGAGACCAUAAUGCACUACUUCGCAUCACUCAACAUGCUGCAGUACAAGAAGAAGAUUGCGCUGUUGGAGCCGUUACUGGGAUAUAUGCAGGCGCAGAUCAGUUUUUUCAAACUGGGAUCAGAGAAUCUGACGCAGCAAUGGGAGGAUUUUCUCACCAACAUUGGAACCAGUGUGCAGAAUGUUCGGAGGGAAAUGGACAGUGAUGCUGAAGCUAUGGAGCAGACGAUUCAAGACCUGAAAGAGGCCAGUGACCCGCUCUACAUGCCCGACCCAGACCCGAACAUGGUCCCUGUGAACCGCAACCUGACCCGCAAGGCCGGCUACCUCAACACUCGCAAUAAAACUGGCCUGGUGUCAUCCAGCUGGGACCGGCAGUACUUCUUCACCCAGGGAGGAAACCUCAUGAGCCAAUCGCGUGGAGACGUAGCUGGAGGUCUCGUUAUGGACAUUGACAACUGCUCCGUCAUGGCUGUGGACUGUGAGGACCGCCGAUUCUGCUUUCAGAUCACAGCGUUUGAUGGAAAGAAGGCGGCCAUAUUACAGGCGGAGAGCAGGAAAGACUGUGAGGAGUGGAUUGCAACAAUAAACAACAUCUCUAAGAGGAUAUAUCUCAGUGAAAACCCAGAGGAAAUCGCAGCGAGAGUGAAUCAGUCGGCUCUGGAGGCUGUGACACCUUCUCCAUCCUUUCAACAGCGACACGAGAGUUUCAGGCCGAGCAUGCAAGGUCGAGCCAAAGCGGCCCGGUCAGGCAGUCAGUGCUCCGUGGGCUCCGAGUCUCCGGCACUGUCGUCUCUGUCUCUGGAUUCGCUGGUGGCUCCGGACACGCCCAUUCAGUUUGACAUCAUCUCACCCGUCAGCGAGGAGCACACGAGUCAGGCUAAGAGCGGCCAGGGCAGAAGGACCAAUCCAUUCGGGGAAUCUGGAGGGCCACAAUCUGAAGAAAGUGAAGACUCGAUCCUGCACCAGCUUUUCAUCGUUCGGUUCUUGGGCUCCAUGGAGGUGAAGGCCACAGAGAGCUCUGAUGUCAUCUAUGAGACCAUGAGACAGAUCCUGGCAGCCCGAGCCAUCCACAACAUCUUCAGGAUGACCGAGUCUCAUCUGCUCGUCACAUGCGAAUGCUUGAAGCUGAUUGACCCACAGACGCAAGUCACAAGACUACGGUUCUCUCUCUCCAGCGUUGUGCUGUGUGCGUCACAUCAGGAGAACAAGCGCUUGUUUGGUUUUGUGCUGCAGACGGCAGGAGGACGAGUGGAUGGACGGCCUGUUACUGUCUGCUACGUCUUUGAGUCAAACAAUGAUGGAGAGAAGAUCUGUGACAGUGUAGGACUGGCAAAACAGAUCGCCCUCCACUCCGAGAUGGACCGCAAAGCCUCACAGAAACAGAGAGAGCUGGACAAAGCCAAGGAGAAACAACAGGAAGAACUCCAUAAACAAAAACAGAUAGAGAAGGAUCUUGAGGAACAAAGCCGUUUGAUAGCCGCCUCUAGCCGACCCAACCAACCAGCUGCUGAUGGACAGAUCUUGGUCCUUAGCAACAGCCAAUCAGAGGACAGCGAUGUAGGAGAUGAGGGGCAGAAAAAAGGUGAAUCAGAGGCCUGAUAAGAACCGUUCUGCAUAUAUCACUUCCUGUUCUUCAAGGGUUCUCCAGAGUGGCCUGCAGGAACAAUGAUUUAAUAUCAAACUGCAGAAUAUUAUAAUUUUAAAAAUGUGGACACUUUGGGGAAAAAACCUCUCAAAAGUUGUUAUUUGUAUUUUUUACCAUAUCCGUUAUCGAACUGCAUUUGCUUUUAGAGGGUUUUAUAUAUGCGUGUGUAUAAAUGAAUCCACUACCAUGACAAACUACAACCUAACGAGACGUAAGGUGACAUUUGAUCCUUUAUUUUGAUGAAGUUGCACGUGUGAAUAACAGAUGUGUAAAACUGUAUGUUGGGCUUUUCUGUUCUCACUGAUAAUGUUGUAAGGCUGCAUCUGUUUCCGUUCAUUUCAUUUACGGUGGCAGAAUUUCACAAAACUUGUCAAGAUCAUGAUGUAUUAUUUGUAAUUGUCAAUCUCAGUUGUCCUAAAAUAGGCUUAAUUUUCUUUAUGCCAAAAUUUUGACAGGUUCACAAUGAUUUGAUGAGGUUAUGUUUUGUUAUCGCAAUUAAUACGGUAAUUCAGUUCUGAUUUCUGAUCACUCAGUGUUUCUAUGUGAACAUUAAGAAAUCGUGCGAUCAAAUGGCGCUAGACUUGAGGUGUAUUUUAUUUUUUUUGUAUAACAGAUAUAUUGCAUAAGUGUUUUAUUGGCCCAAUAUACUGAAAUCUGCAGCUCGAGCAAAAGACUUGUGGGUAAAAUCAAACGGUGAUGGAAUUGCAAACUGAAAUGUUUAUAAUUUUUGCUUUGCUCCUAAAUUCUGAAGUAGUGGAAGUUGCACAGAACGCUACUGAAUUAAAUAUUGUGUCAUUCAUUGAUUUGGUUUAUUUGACAAUUUGCUGUAAGUAAUAAACGGUCUUUAUGAUUCAUAAAAACGCACUUUUUUAAUAUGUUUACUGAGUAUAAAGCGUUUGCUCCAUUCAAUUUGUCAAUGAUUGUUUCUAACCUUUAAAGAACUGUUUGUGUCUAAAUGUCUUUCUACAAAAUCAUGGAUUUAUGGGGUACAAUGAAGAUUGGUAUUAAAAUCUGUUUUGAAUAAGCUGA